ACCCGCCGCGACACCAUGCCGGCUGAGGCUGCGACCUGACCUCAGCGAUCAGCUCUCAAACCUUCGAAUAACAAACGACGUACGCGCGAUCCUCACCCUCGUCCCACGGAGACCGGGGUGUCAAUCAGCAAUAGUACCGAUGUGCUAGAGACAGAGGCGACGAGCAGCUUCAGCCAUGUCGUCAGUGAAGGUGGCGGUGCGGGUCCGCCCCUUCAACUCGCGGGAGAUCGCCAAGGAGUGCAAAUGCAUCAUAGAAAUGUCUGGCAAUACUACAGUGAUAAUGAAUCCGAAAGCCCCUCCGGGCAACAAGGAACCACCAAAAAGUUUCAACUUUGACUUUUCCUACUGGUCACAUAACCCCAAUGAUCCCGAAUUCUCCUCCCAAAUUAUGGUGUAUAAAGACAUCGGGGAGGAGAUGUUGCAACAUGCUUUUGACGGAUACAAUAUAUGUAUAUUCGCAUACGGCCAGACCGGCGCUGGCAAAUCUUAUACGAUGAUGGGCCGCGGGGAGGAUGGCCAGGAGGGCAUCAUCCCUCAGAUCUGCAAGGACCUCUUCCGUCGCAUACGACAAACUACCUGCGAUGACCUAAAAUACUCUGUGGAAGUAUCAUACAUGGAGAUAUACUGCGAGCGGGUGCGUGACCUGCUGAACCCUAAGAACAAGGGUAACCUGCGUGUGCGCGAGCAUCCCGCCCUAGGUCCUUAUGUGGAGGACCUCAGCAAGCUCGCAGUCACCUCCUACCAGGAUAUAUAUGACCUCAUUGAUGAGGGCAACAAGGCUAGGACCGUCGCGGCGACCAACAUGAACGAGACGUCUUCUCGCUCGCACGCCGUCUUUACGAUAUUCUUCACACAACAACGACAUGACAAAACCACCAACCUUAUGUCAGAAAAGGUGUCAAAGAUAUCCUUGGUGGAUCUGGCCGGGUCUGAACGUGCAGACUCCACCGGAGCUAAAGGCACACGUCUCAAAGAGGGUGCUAACAUCAACAAGUCUCUGACUACCCUCGGAAAAGUUAUUUCCGCCUUGGCUGAAAUCUCGGCGUCAAAGAGCAAGAAGUCAAAGAAAGCAGACUUCAUCCCGUACCGCGACUCUGUACUCACCUGGCUGCUGCGAGAGAAUCUCGGCGGCAACUCCAAGACAGCCAUGAUCGCUGCCAUAUCUCCUGCAGAUAUUAACUACGAUGAAACACUCAGCACUCUUAGAUAUGCUGACCGAGCUAAACAGAUCGUGUGCAAGGCUGUCGUCAACGAGGACGCCAACGCGAAACUCAUCCGGGAGCUCAAAGAAGAGAUUCUCAAGCUGCGCGAACUUCUCAAGGCAGAAGGAAUCGACGUCGAAGAGGGACCGGAUGGUAGAGUCCUUUAUGAAAAGAAAGAACAACCCAUCACCGAGGAGACAUCUCCGGCGCGCAAGAAGAGCGAGGAGGCGGUGCUGUCUCCCAAACUGUCGCGUGCUGCGACCACUAUAGCUGAAGAAGCAGUUGAUCAGUUACAGGCCUCAGAGAAACUUAUUGCCGAAUUAAACGAGACGUGGGAGGAGAAACUGAAGCGCACGGAGCAGAUCCGUGUGCAGCGCGAGGCGGUGUUCGCGGAGAUGGGCGUGGCGGUGAAGGAGGGCAUCACUGUGGGCGUGUACUCGCCCAAGAAGACGCCACAUCUCGUCAACUUGAACGAAGAUCCUAAUCUCUCUGAAUGUCUCAUAUAUUAUAUUAAAGAUGGUGUGACUCGCUUGGGUACAUCGGAGGCGAACGUGCCACAAGACAUCCAGCUGUCGGGCUCUCACAUCCUCAGUGAGCAUUGCAUAUUCGAGAACACAGACGGUGUCAUCUGUCUCAUCCCGCAUCAUGGCGCCCUCGUGUACGUCAACGGACGUGAGGUGCACGAGCCAAUAAUCCUGAAGACUGGUUCCCGUGUGAUCCUGGGCAAGAACCACGUGUUCCGCUUCACGCACCCCGGACAGCGCUACGAGCCCUCCACCAUCGCCAGCAAGGAGCUCGCUGACACCAACAAUACUGAGAUUAUUGAAACUAAUAACGACGAAGGCAAGGAUGGUGAGAACAUAGAUUGGGACUUCGCUCAAUGCGAGCUGCUGGAGAAGCAGGGCAUCGACCUGAAGGCGGAGAUGCAGAAGCGGCUGCUCGCCCUCGAGGAGCAGUUCCGCAGGGAGAAGGAGCAUGCAGACCAGCAGUUUGAGGAGCAGAGGAAGAAUUACGAAGCCCGUAUAGAUGCUCUGCAGCGUCAGGUGGAGGAGCAGAGUGUCACCAUGUCCAUGUACAGCUCCUACACGCCGGAGGACUUCCACAAUGAUGAGGAUAUCUUUGUGAACCCCCUGUUUGAGACAGAGUGUUGGUCGGCGCGCGAGGUCGGCCUGGCCGCGUGGGCGUUCCGCAAGUGGAAGUACCACCAGUUCACCUCGCUGCGGGACGACCUCUGGGGCAACGCUAUAUUCUUGAAGGAAGCGAACGCAAUAUCAGUGGAACUUCGUAAGAAGGUUCAGUUCCAAUUUACCCUUCUCACUGACACCCCCUACUCCCCCCUGCCGGGCGAGUUGGCACCACGAGAUGAUGCAGAUGACGAGUACCGCCCCGGCGCACCAACUGUCGUCGCUGUUGAAGUCACUGACACAAAGAAUGGAGCUACACACUACUGGACAUUGGAGAAACUACGCCACCGCCUGGAGCUCAUGCGUCAGAUAUACAACAUGAACGAGACGUGCGGGGAGGAGGAGGACGUGUCCCCCUCGCUGCCCGCGCUCCCCGCCCCGCCCUCGCCCGGGGAGCCCGCCCUCGCCCCGCUCGCCCCCGCGCCCGCCCCGCACUCGCCCGACAUACUGCAGUGCAUAUCUGCGUGCGCGCAGCAGACCAGACUCUCGCUAGCCAACUUGCUGCCCUCGAGACAAAGAUUGGAGCUGAUGCGGGAGAUGUACCACAACGAGGCGGAGCUGUCCCCCACCUCGCCUGAUCACAACAUCGAGUCUGUGACUGGAGGAGAUCCGUUCUACGAUCGCUUCCCCUGGUUCCGUAUGGUUGGACGGAGCUUCGUUUACCUUUCGAACCUGCUGUAUCCGGUUCCACUCAUUCACAAAGUGGCGAUAGUGAAUGAGAAAGGAGACGUGAAGGGCUACUUGCGAGUUGCCGUGCAGGCGGUUAUCGAUACCGAAAAGAACAACGCGGAGUUAGCGGCUGGUGUGAAGCAAUCCGCUAAGAUAUCGUUCGAGGACGAGGCGGCGCCCGCGCGCACCCGCCUCAAGACUCUCUCCACACUCUCCGCUGUAGACAAGAACAACGCACUCAAUCUGGAGGACCGCAUCGCUGACGGACCUGACUCUAAUAUUAAAAUUGAAGAGCUGGGCAUGGGUGUGGGCGAGUGCGACGCGGACAGCGGGCGCGGCGACAGCUCCCUCGCCUCCGAGCUGAAGGAGGAGGAGCUGCCGGAGCACCUCGCGCCCGGCAAGGACUUCACCUUCCGCGUCACCGUGCUGCAGGCGCACGCCGUCUCCACUGACUACGCGGAUGUCUUCUGCCAGUUCAAUUUCUUACAUCGCAACGAAGACGCGUUCUCCACAGAACCCGUCAAGAACACUGGAAAGAAUACUCCUCUUGGAUUCUAUCACGUACAAAAUAUAACUGUACCGGUGACAAAAUCGUUCGUCGAAUACAUUAAGACACAACCGAUCGUUUUCGAAGUCUUCGGACAUUAUCAACAACACCCACUUCACAAGUUGAUCAGAUUCAACGAGGGAACUAUGUCACAGGAUGCGAAGCAAGACGGUCCAGUGGCAGGUCGCACGCCGCCACGUCGCAUGCUGCCUCCGUCUAUCCCCAUCUCAGCCCCCGUGCGCAGCCCCAAGUGGGGCGCGGCCAGUGUGGCCCCGCCCUGCUGCUCCUCCCAUCUACACUCCAAGCACGACCUCCUCGUCUGGUUCGAGAUCUGCGAGCUCGCUCCCAGCGGCGACUACGUGCCUGCCGUUGUGGAGCACAGUGAUGAGCUGCCGUGCCGCGGACUGUUCGUGCUGCAUCAGGGCAUCCAGCGCCGCAUCCGCAUCACCAUCCUGCACGAGCCAUCCUCGGACUUGCAGUGGAGUGAUGUACGAGAACUCGUCGUCGGCCGUAUCCGCAACACUCCGGAAGCCAACGAGGACUCGUCUGAUGGUGACGAGGACGGCGCGCUCUCACUCGGCCUGUUCCCCGGCGAGCGACCUGCGCUCGACGACCGCGCCAUCUUCCGAUUUGAGGCGGCGUGGGACAGCAGCCUGCACGGCUCGCCCCUGCUCAACAGAGUCAGUGCUAAUGGAGAGGUGGUCUACAUCACCCUCAGUGCUUACCUCGAGGUGGAGAACUGCGGUCGGCCGGCCAUCAUCACCAAGGACCUGUCCGUGGUGGUGGUAGGUCGCGAACGUUCGAGCCGCUCGCUACGUCGCGCGCUGUUCGGUUCGCGAUCCGCACGCGCUGACCAUCUCACUGGAGUCUACGAGCUCAGCCUGCAUCGCGCGCUCGAACCUGGUGUACAACGCAGACAACGCCGAGUGCUGGACACUAGCGGCACAUAUGUACGCGGUGAGGAGAACUUGCACGGCUGGCGACCGCGCGGUGACUCUCUCAUCUUUGACCAUCAGUGGGAGUUGGAGAAGAUGACUCGUUUGGAGCAAGUGGGUCGUACGCGGCACUUCCUAGCGCUGCGCGAGCGUCUGCGUCACGGACACGAGAACACCGUUGCUCCCAAUGACUUUACCAAGACAGAGAAGGAGGUAUGCAACAUGGCGGCUAAGGCGGCGGGCGAGUGCGCGCAUGGCGGCCACGCCCCACACGGUGGCCACGCCCCUCACGUGCCGCACGCAGACGAUGUCUACGAGCCUUGGGAGAUGACACCGCGCGAACGAGAACUCGCCGCUAAAUACGUCAAGCUUAUACAAGGACGGAUAGGGUCCGGGUCCGGCGGAGCUGAGGGCGGUGCGGGUGCAGCGGGCGCAGGGGGCGCGGCCUCCCCGGCCAGCCCGGUGGACGAGGGCGUGUCUGCGGACAUCUCCACCCCCAGCCUGCUCUCCUCCAUACACAGCGCUAGCAGCUUCGAGCUGUGCUCCCCGGAGAGGUCGAUGUUGGAGCGCGCGGUGGCGGCGUGGGGCGGUGCUGGAGGCGGCGGCGCGGGCGCGCUGCUCGUGCCCGACUGCGAGGAGGUGCGCGUGUCCGCUGCGGUCGCGCGCCGCGGAUACCUCAACGUGCUGCAGCACGGCACACACGGCUGGAAGAAGAGAUGGCUGGUGGUGCGACGACCAUACGUGUUCAUCUACCGUGACGAGCGUGACCCGAUAGAGCGCGCCCUCAUCAACCUCGCCAACGCGCACGUCGAGUACUCCGAGGACCAGGAGCAGAUGGUGCGCAUGCCCAACACAUUCAGCGUGGUGAGCAAGGAGCGCGGCUACUUGCUGCAGACGCUGGGAGACAAGGAGGUACACGACUGGCUGUAUGCCAUUAACCCGCUACUCGCCGGACAGAUUAGGUGUGCGGGCACAGGUCGCGGUCAGCGCGGCGCGGCGACAGGCCGGCGCCCGCGACGUCCGGCGCGACAUCCGCCACCGCGUGAGGCGCCCUGGCUCACUGCCAUGCUUAGGCGCGUCGUCAGACCAGCUAGCGGACAUUGA